AAAUUAGCAUGACUUUGCAUUAUCCAAACCUAGCUCUCCAAAAAAAAUUUACCAUAUAAAUCUUAACAUCUCAGUUCAUUUCUCACAACAUCGAUCGAUCUCUCUUUCACUCCGAAAAUGAAGAACUCAUCAUAUUUCAGAUUAGCGAUUUUUGCAAUUUUCUCUAUCAUAAUCCUAUCCAAACCAUCUCACCAGGCCGACAAUUUCGACAUCCCAAACCCAAAACUCCUCAAGGCAUUCGAAGCUCUCCAAGCAUGGAAACACCUAAUCACCUCUGACCCAAAAAAGAUCACCGAAAACUGGUGUGGUCCCCAUGUCUGCAACUACACCGGAGUUUACUGUGCACCAACACCGAACGACCCCCACAACACCACCACAGUCGCAGGCAUAGACCUCAACCAUGGAAACAUUCAAGGCUCGUUACCUGAAGAGCUCGGUCUCUUGACUGACCUAGCUUUGUUCCACAUCAACUCCAAUCGCUUCUACGGCCAAAUUCCAAAAAGCUUUUCAUGUCUCAAACAACUUUACGAGCUCGAUGUCAGUAACAACAAAUUCUCCGGCAAGUUCCCUACUGUGGUUUUAUCCUUGCCUUCACUCAAAUUCUUGGACAUAAGAUACAACUUAUUCGAAGGCGACCUUCCUUCUCGCUUAUUCGACUUGAAACUCGAUGCUUUGUUCAUAAACAACAACAAGUUCAGCUCUUCUUUACCCCAAAACAUAGGGAACUCACCGGUUUCGGUCAUAGUUUUGGCCAAUAACAAUCUCAACAGCUGUUUGCCUUCGAGUUUGCUCAAUAUGAAGAACACCCUUAACGAGCUAAUCAUCACUAACAGUGGUCUUAAGGGCUGUUUGCCCACCGAUAUUGGUAAUCUCGACAAGUUGACUGUCUUCGACGUUAGCUCUAACCAGCUCGUGGGGUCGUUGCCGGAGUCGAUGGGGAAGAUGAAAAAGUUGGAGCAGCUCAACGUGGCUAACAAUAAGCUUUCUGGGUAUAUUCCUCCGAUUAUUUGCGCCUUGCCCAAGUUGGAAAAUUUCACCUACUCUGGCAACUUCUUCUGCACCGAGCCGGAAACUUGCCUGAAGUUGCCCGCUAAAGAUGACCGGAGAAACUGCAUUCCUUAUAGGCCUUUCCAGCGUUCGAAGGAGGAAUGUGCCGCCUUCUAUAAGUACCCGGUUGAUUGCGCCGCGGCUGGCGCUGGCUGCCCACGUAGAAGCCCUCCUCCUCCGCCCCCGCCAUCCCCGCCGCCUCCAGUUCAUCAUUAUUAAAAUCCAUCAUGAUCAGCGAUACUAUAUAACUUUUUUAGAAUUUGUUUUUUCUUUUUACAUAUUUUAGUGCAAUUGCUCUUUGGACUUAGGAUAUAUUUUUAUGGUUUAUACUGAAGUGAAUAACAACACCGGCCUGGGAUUGACGAACCGGGAGAACUUUUGUUUGUUACAUUAUGUACAUUACGGUGUUCAAAACGACUUGUCGUCUUAUCGUUUACACCUCUUGUUUAUGUUGAUGUUUUAACCUAAAUUAAUUUUAAUCUCGUCAAGUUUAAUUUA